AUGCGAGAACGAAGCGAAUCCAGAGAAAGGAACGACGAUUGGAAUCGCGACGAGAAUAACAACAGUGACGAUCACCAUCGACGGGUGGAAAAGAUUCCAAUUUGGACGAGACGACGGCCGACCGGUUUCGACGUCAUGCCCGAAGGUAAACAUCCCUUUUACUCUCUCUCGCUUUUAACAACAACUCACGAAUCUCUCUUCUUUCAUCGAAUCAUCACAGAAGGCGCGGACGACGAGAACAACAACAAGAACAAAUCAAACAUAAAUCCUUACGACAACAACAACAACGGGAACAAUGCGAAUAACAUGAACCCGCACAUCAGAGCGCAAAAAAUCACCAGUCACAUCCUCGAAGAAGCGCAAGCGACGAGGCACGCGAGACGAGUAUACGUCGGCGGGUUUCCGCCGAACGUUUCGGAAGUGCGCGUGGCGGAUUUUUUCAACAACGCGUUGAUGGCGGUUGGAGGGAUAGCGGAAACGCAAACGGAAGGGAACGCGAAUCCAGUCGUGAACGUGUACAUGAACCACGAGAAGCACUUCGCGUUCGUAGAGUUUCGGAACGCGGAAGAGACGUCGAAUUGUAUGGCUUUAGACUCGAUUUCGUUCGAUUCGUCGCAGCUUAGAGUGAGGAGACCGAACGAUUACAAUCAACCGGCGGCGAUGAAGUUAGGGCCGAUCGUGCCGAAUAUUAAGAUGAAUUUAGAAGCGAUUGGUUUGUCGAACGAAGUUUUGCAGAGAAUGCAAUCUGGAGUCGCGUCUGGGCAAAAUAACGGUAACGCGAAUGGAUCCAACGUCGCCGAUCCGAACGAAGAUCGCGUGUUUGUUGGAGGCUUGCCGUAUUUCUUAACCGAAGCGCAAAUACGCGAGCUGUUAGAAGCGUUUGGUCCAAUCACUAGGUUUGAUUUAGUCAGAGAUAGAGAUACCGGAGGAUCGAAAGGCUACGGGUUUGUCGUGUACAGAGACGGCCCGGCGAUUACCGAUAUCGCCAUCCAAGGUUUACACGGCAUGCAAAUGGGCGAUAAACAGUUAACCGUGAGAAGAGCGAACGCGACGCUAGAACGAAUGCAACAAGAACAACGAGCAGCGUUACAACAGCAGCAACAGCAACAUCAGUUAUUAGGUAACGGUGGCGCGGCGGCGCAAUUUCUUCCGCAAUCUGCCGCUCCUGCUGCGCCCGAGGUAGAUGAAAACGCGACGGAAUGUUUAGUCUUGAAAAACAUGGGCAUCAAAGACGAAGAGUUGAACGAUCCGGAGGAGUACGAAAUCAUCGUCGAGGAUACGCAGGAAGAGUGCGAAAAGUUCGGGAAGGUUCUGGGGAUGAAGAUCCCAAAACCACCGUCGAAGAGCGCGGGUGUGGUGUUUGUGCGUUUUGAAACCGCAGAGAGCGCGAGAAAAGCGAGGAAGAGUCUAAACGGGAGAAAGUUCGCCGGUAAUAUCGUGAGCGCUCAGUACGACUCGAUCGAAACGUACGAGAAGCACGAUUCGUGA